UGGUUCCAAACAUUGCCGAACAUGGUAAAGGGAGAUUUCGCAAUCGGCUUCUGUCCAUGUUCCAAACAAAAACAGUGAGAGCGGCCGGAGACGGAAUUAAAGUGGCACUUUCUACCCAAUAUCGGUCAGGAUAGACUACAGGUUAACCACGCGGUCUCCUGGUGAAGACCCGUCCUGCGGUUCUGACCCGUCCGGCUCCGGUCAGACCUGAGCUCCUGCAGGCAACACAUCCAAAUGAGCCGGCCGCCACAGCCGAAACUCAUCACAGCAGAGCACAACGGCGUGAGCGUCAUCCAGAGCCAGGUGCACGCUGCCGCAGCGUCCAACGCAGCGUCCCUCGCCGGACUGCAGCAGGUCCCCCAACUCGUCCCCGCCGACCCGUCCGCCUCCGGAGGAAAGGCGGCGCCGCCCAGCAAGAUGAAGAAGCCCAGCGUAGACAAGGACAGCGAGGAGUACCGGCAGCGGCGCGAGCGCAACAACCUGGCGGUGAAGAAGAGCCGCAUGCGCAGCAAGCAGAAGGCCAUGGACACGCAGCAGCGCGUCAACGAGCUGAAGGAGGAGAACGAGCGGCUGGAGGCCAAGAUCAAGCUGCUGAGCAAGGAGCUGAGCGUGCUCAAAGACCUCUUCCUGGAGCACGCCCACAACCUGGCCGACAACGUGCAGCCGCCCGCAGACGCCGCCAGCCCCGCCCCCGCCCAGUGAGGGGCGGAGCCUCAGGGCCGCCGGGAAGCCGGCCUCGCGUCCUUCCUCCAUCCCCGUCGUCCGUGGCCCCGCCCCCUCAGUGAUGUCACCGGGAGACGGUCGGCCCACGGGUCUGGAGAGACUUUCUUUGGCCGGACCCGGCCUCUGAUUGGCCCAGAGAGAAACGGCGUUCAGUCGGACCCGAUCAUGUGACUUUUGUCUGUUUUUGUUAUUAUUAUUCUACAGCUUUUCGUCAUCUUCUGCUGGGUUCUACUGGGACCACUGAACAGAACCUCCAGAACCGCCCUGCCCAAUCAGGAUCCAGAAUGCUUCCUGAUCAUCGUCACGAUUGGUGGCGUGUUUGUCUGAGCCGGUUCUGGUUCUGGUUCUGGUUCUGGAAGCAGUAGAAUGGGUGAGGAGCAGAGCUUCUUCCUGAGGUCAACUGGUGUUUCUCCAGAACUUUGAGGCGGCCCGGUUCUGACUCCACUUUGAUCCAGACAGACUCGGUUCAUGCAGGACUGGAGCAGGAAGCCCCGCCCCCUCCCGCGUGCCCCCACCUGCCCAGCCGGGUGUGUUGGUGUGCAGCGCACCGGGUGGAACCGGGCGGACCCAGACGCCUCGACGGAACCGCAGCUUUAGGUAAAUCCAGCUGUAAACGGGUUGGCUCGUUAGCGGUCUGCUAACGGGCCGCCGCCCUGCGGGGGGAAACGGGCGGAGCGUCAAGGAGCCAGACGCCGUGAUCACCUGAGGUCUGCGUCCAGAUCCCGGUCCGGUUCUGGUUCCGCUAGGGGAUUUUGACCUUCCUGUGAAACCAGGCGGUCCGACGGGUCGCUUGGUUCUGGUUCUGUGACCCGUCCUGCAUCGUUUUCACGUUUCUAUGGUCUUUUCUAAUCUUUUAGUCUGCAGCGGCUGCGGCUGCUUGUUGCUAUGGAGAUGUUUGCAUGAAAACACCGGAGGGGGGAGGGGGGAGGGGGGGUGUCUGUCAAUCAGCUAUUUUAUAUCUGGGAUCGUUUAUGUUGUAAAUUAAAUCUGAGUCUCAAAGUUCA